CCAUUGGACAAUAUUUCUUAUUCAAAACAUGUGUGGGGAUUUCGGACAAUGCGCAAAGCAGUGGAGUUAUCGUAGUUGCUCGCGGACCUGUUGAAAGACUUAUCCGUUUGGAAAGUGUCGCGAUAGGAUGACGAUUUCAAAAAGCGAUGUGUUGCUUUUACUUGAAGCUAUUCGACUGCAAAAAGGUCAUGAAGAUCUCCGGUGUUCUUGCGGACUCUCGGAGGAAUUUAUUUGCUUUUUCGAUGAAGUGGAAACUUUCAGAAGAUACCAAAAUGCCAGAAGUGUUCAAUGGAUCCAUAAAGAAUACGACUUGGAAUCAUUACGUGAUGAUGUUGACGUACCAGAAAUAAGGACUCUGCUUAAACUAUUUUCUGAAGCACCCCCUGUUCUUGUUUUAUUCAGGUGUGGUCUCAAGCUUACGUCUUUUCAUGAAAAAAACCGAUGUGCUGAGUUUUUAACAAAAGCAUUAAUGUUCGUUUUGGCAGCGUUCGAAAUAAUAAUUAACUCCUAUACCUACUUGCAUUUCGAUGUGAAUGCUAUGGUUCUGGGGUUUUUAAAACUUGCCUGUAAAUAUCGCGUUCACCACAGCGUUUUGUCUGAAAUUUUGAAAGUUUUUUACACCACACCUUGCUAUGAAUCCUUCAACAGGAUGCUCAGUUACGAAUCGAUUAUUGAGGAUGUGUUUAAGUACACAGAGGAAACUGGGAUCGAUGUGCUGGAUGUGUGGAAAAGAACGGAAGAAAAGUUGAGAAGAUCCGAGGAGUACUUUUAUUGUUCUGUUUUCGAAGAUAUCAAAAACUUUAUCCCUUUAAUCAGAUGUGGAAAAAUGGAAUUUAUUUCUAUAGAAAGUCAUAGCUAUUUGAAGUCAGCCCGAAAGCAUUACAAUGUCGGAAUAACGAUGGUCAAAGAAUAUGGCUCUAUAACUUUUCGUUCUCUGCAAAUUCUGCAUUUGACACUGACUGCCCUUAGCUCAACUACUUCUAUACCCACUGCACGCUGUGCAUUGAAGUUAUUGUGGAUGAAUAUAACAGACCCCUUCCUCAACCACGAAGAUUUCAACAAAAGCUUCACUCCAAUAAGCACAAGACAGCACACCGUACUUCAACUAGCUUGGAGCAGGUAUGCAGAAUCGGUACUAGAAAACACAACUCCAGCGAGGGGGCCGAGAUCCCUCUCUCAUCUUUCAAGAUGUUCCAUCAGGCGACAACUGGCGGCGUGUCUUCAGCUCCCUCGUGGCGCUGAAAGACUUGUUGUUCCAAAGAUUCUGAAGAACUAUAUACUUUUAGAAGAUUGAAGUGUGUUUUUUUUCCGAGGGACAUAAAAAAUGAAGCCGCUCAACCGUCAACUCUACUGGAUUUUGCCAGUUUUUCCACAUCAGAGAAAAUUCCCUAAAAUGGAGUAAGUUUCCAUAAACAAUGCCUAUAGAAAUAAAAUUUUUGCAAUAA